AUGCGUCCAUCUCUUGCGAUUGCAGCUUUGCUGGCUGGCGCAGCCCAGGCAGCACCUCACUCUUCUGGAAACAAUGGUAACAUUGAUCUCAAUGAGCUUGCUCAGCGCCGGGGGAAGCACUGGUUUGGAUCCGCUGCCGAUAUUCCUGGUACUGCGGAGACCACCGAUGCUGCGUAUCUCAAAGUGCUGAAAAGCAACUUUGGUGAAAUUACCCCUGCCAACGCCAUGAAGUUCAUGUACACUGAGCCAGAGCAAAAUGUAUUCAACUUCACCGCGGGCGACCAGUUCCUGGAGGUCGCCGAGCGCUUCGGCAGCAAGGUCCGAUGCCACAAUCUUGUUUGGGUGAGCCAGCUGUCUGACUUCGUUACGUCCACGACCUGGACCGCCGAAGCCCUCACUGCUGUGAUGAAGAAUCACAUCUUCAAGACUGUUCAGCACUUUGGCCGACGCUGCUACUCAUGGGAUGUGGUCAACGAGGCUCUCAACGGGGACGGCUCCUUCUCCUCGAGUGUCUGGUACGACACCAUUGGCGAGGACUACUUCUACCUUGCAUACAAGUUUGCGCAGGAGGCAUUGGCAGAGAUCGGCGCCGAUGAUGUGAAGCUGUACUACAACGACUACGGCAUCGAAAACCCAGGUACCAAAGCGACUGCUGUCCUCCAGCUCGUCAGUAACUUGCGGCAGCGCGGCAUCCGAAUUGACGGUAUUGGUUUGGAAUCGCACUUCAUCGUUGGAGAGACCCCUUCCCUUGCCGACCAACUUGCCACAAAGAAGUCAUACAUCAACGCCAAUCUGGAUGUGGCCAUCACGGAGCUUGACAUUCGUUUCUCAGCUGUGCCAUAUUACACGGCUGCCGUUCAGAAACAGCAGGCUGAGGACUACUAUACGAGCGUGACUAGUUGCUUGAAUGCUGGUCCUCGCUGCGUUGGUGUGGUCGUUUGGGACUUUGACGAUGCUUACUCUUGGGUUCCGAGUACUUUUGCUGGACAGGGUGGUGCCUGUUUGUUCAACAAUACUCUUGAAGCGAAGCCGGCAUACUACGCUGUUGCUGAGGCUCUCGAGGGAAAGCCUUGCAGUGUAUGCUAG